GAUCUUCCAGCCGUCUACAUCUAUCUCUGUAACCACUGGCAUCGAUUUUCUCCCCGCUACCUCGACACCAUGCUCCGCCUCCCCCUCCGCCCCACCACCGUGGGCCGCGUGCCCGUGCGCCUUGCGCGUACCCUCAUCGCGCAGCCGCCGCACUUGCCCAACAAUGCGCCGCCGUCGCCCCUGCCCACGCGCCUCCGCCUCGCCGACCCCGAGACUAAGAAGGCGACGGAGAACAUGGAGAAGCUCGUAGCCAGCAUGAACGAGCUCCGCGCCAAGGCGCGCGAGGGCGGCGGCAAGAAGUCGCUCGAGAAGUGGAAGAGCAAGGGCAACGGCAAGCUCGGUGCCCGUGAGCGUAUUGCUGCCCUCCUCGACCCCGACUCGGCGUUCCUCGAGCUCUCGCCUCUCGCCGCGCACGAGGUCUACCCUGACAACCUCCCCGGCGCCGGUAUCGUCACCGGUAUCGGAACUGUCUCGGGCCGCCGCUGCAUGAUCGUUGCCAACGACCCCACCGUCAAGGGCGGUGCGUACUACCCUCUCACGGUCAAGAAGCACCUGCGUGCGCAGCAGGUCGCGCUCGAGAACCGCCUCCCCUGUGUCUACCUCGUCGAGUCGGGCGGUGCCGCGCUUCCCUACCAGGCCAACGUUUUCCCGGACCACGACCACUUCGGCCGCAUCUUCUACAACAUGGCCCGCAUGUCUGGUCUCGGUAUCCCCCAGAUCUCGGUUGUCCACGGUAUCUCGGUUGCUGGCGGUGCCUACAUGCCCGCCAUGUCUGACGUUGUCAUCAUCGUCAAGAACCAGGGCCGCAUUUUCCUUGCCGGCCCUCCCCUCGUCAAGGCCGCCACCGGUGAGGUCGUCGACGACGAGACCCUCGGCGGUGGUGAGAUGCACACCUCGGUUUCCGGUGUUGCCGACUACCUUGCCAACAACGACGCCCACGCGAUUCGCCUCGCGCGCGACGCCGUCCUCGACCUCGGCAAGGCCUCGGUCCCAUCCGUUGCCCCUCCCCGGCCCGUCCGCGAGCCCGUGUACCCCGCCUCGGACCUCAACUCGAUCGUGCCCGCCGACACGCGCCAGGCGUUUGACAUGCGCGAGGUGAUUGCGCGCGUGACUGACGGGUCCGAGUUCCGCGAGUUCAAGAAGGAGUACGGCAAGACGCUCAUUACCGGCUUCGCCGAGAUCCACGGGCACACGGUCGGCAUCAUCGCGAACAACGGUGUUCUGCUCUCGCCCUCUGCGCUCAAGGCGACGCACUUUAUCGAGCUGUGCUCGCAGCGCGACAUCCCCCUCGUCUUCCUCGUCAACGUCACGGGCUACAUGGUCGGCACGGCGGCGGAGCGCGGCGGCAUCGCCAAGGACGGCGCAAAGAUGGUGCGCGCCGUCGCGCGCGCCAAGGUGCCCAAGUUCACGAUGGUCGUGAACGGCUCGUACGGCGCCGGCAACUACGGCAUGUGUGGGCGCGCGUACGCGCCCCGCUUCCUGUGGAUGUGGCCGAACGCCAAGGUGUGCGUCAUGGGCCCCGACCAGCUCUCGAGCGUCAUGCAGACCGUGUCGGGCAACCGGAACGCGGCGGAUGCCGAGGAGCGCUUCGCCAAGCUGCGCGCGCGCAUCGAAAAGGAGAGCGAGGCGCUCUACUCCACCGCGCGGAUGUGGGACGACGGCAUCAUCCAGCCCAGCGACACGCGCGACGUCCUCGGCCUCGCGCUCGAGGUCGCCGCCGACGAAAAGGCCAGCCGCAAGGACGGCGGCGGCGGCGGCCGCGGCGAGAUCGGCGCGGACGGCGACUCGGGCGACUGGGGCGUCUUCCGCAUGUAAGGCAAAACUGCGGCGGUGCACACCAUCCGUACGUAGAGUAGAGCGAGUUCAGCAGUAAUGGUAUGCAUCUAGAGAUUUCAUCG